AUGACAGCUUCUGCUUCGCGCAGUGCAAUUAUGCACCGAGACAGCCAUUUUACUCCCAAAAAGGCCGUCGGCGGUAAAGGAUGCUAUAUCUUCCUUGAGGAUGGAACACGGUUCCUUGACUCGACUGGCGGUGCUGCUGUUGCAUGUCUAGGCCAUGGCAAUGAAACCGUUCAACAAGCCAUCAAAGAACAAAUGGACCAGAUAUCCUACUGUCAUUCCGCAUUCUUUGGCACUAAUGCUGCCGAGGAAUUGGCUCAACUUCUAGUUGACUCCACAGGAGGCAAAAUGUCCAAGUUGUUCGUAGUAAGCUCAGGUCUGGAAUCUUUAAUUCUAUUUUACUCCAAUCCACUGACUAGUCUCAAUCUAGGUUCCGAAGCUAUCGACGGUGCUUUGAAAUUGGCUCGUCAAUACUUCCUGGAGCUGCCUAGUCCCCAACCAGAGCGCACACGGUUCAUCGCUCGCUCGCGGUCUUAUCAUGGCACUACCAUUGGCGCGCUGGGUGUGGGUGGACAUCUUUCUCGAAGAGAGCUGUUCGAGCCUUUGCUAGCGAAGAAUACAUCUCAUGUCUCACCGUGCAACGCAUACCGUGGCAAAAAGGAUGACGAAUCCGAUGCAAGCUAUGUGGUCCGCCUUGCAGCUGAACUUGAUGCCGAGUUCCAGCGAGUGGGUCCAGAGACCGUGUGCGCCUUCGUCGCGGAACCUGUGGUCGGCGCUGCUCUUGGAUGUGUGCCAGCAGUCCCAGGAUACUUCCCAGCCAUGAAAGCUGUCUGUGAGAAAUACGGCGCUCUACUGAUCCUCGACGAGAUCAUGAGUGGAAUGGGUAGAACGGGAACUCUUCACGCUUGGGAACAGGAAGAUGUUGUCCCUGAUAUUCAAACCAUAGGUAAAGGACUCGGUGGGGGCUAUGCUCCCGUUUCCGCGAUCCUGGUCAACGACUCCAUUGUGCAGAUUCUUGAUAAUGGAACGGGUGUAUUCCGGCAUGGACAGACAUACCAGGGCCACCCGAUCUCUUGUGCUGCUGCUUUGGCAGUGCAAAAGACUGUUCAAGAACGAAAUCUUUUAGAAAAUGUCCGCAAUAUGGGUGCUUACAUGGAGCAACAGCUUCGUCAACAUCUUGGAGAUCAUCCCUACGUUGGAGAUAUUCGAGGCAAAGGGUUAUUCUGGGGGAUCGAAUUCGUCAAUGACAAGAUUACCAAAGAGCCAUUCGAUCCGGUAACUCGGCUAUCCUUCCUCAUGCAGGAAAAGGGCCUGUGCCCAAAGUAUGCUCUCUCACUCUAUGGUAAUCCAGGGACGGUGGACGGUGUUCGGGGUGACCAUGUGAUCAUCUCGCCUCCCUUCACUGUCUCAAAGGAGGAAAUCGAUAUCAUUGUUGAUGGCGCUACAAAGGUAUUUGCAGAGGUCUUCAACGAGCUGGGCCUGUGA